AUGGCACCUGCUGGCCGCGGCGGCUGCGGCUGCGGCUGCAGGGGCGGCGCUGUGUCCGCCGGGCGCGCCCUGGCGGUGCUGCUGCUGGGGGUCCUGGGGGCCGGGCCGCGGCCGGGCGCGCUGGCCACAGAGCACUUCUCGCCGCUGUCGCUGCUCAAGCAGGAGCUGCAGCAUCGGCAGCCGCAGGAGGCCGCCGUGGGCGGCGGCGGCUGCAGCCCGCAGUCCGGGGACUGGGGGGACCAGUACGCGGCCGAGUGCGGCGAGUCAUCCUUUCUGAGCUUCCACGAUUCAGACUGCGAACCCAGAGGGUCACCGCCCUGCGACUCCCUGCUCUCCCUCAACACUGAAAAGAUUCUGAGCCAGGCCAAGUCUAUUGCAGAACAAAGGAGAUUCCCGUUUGCUACAGACAAUGACAGCACAAAUGAGGAACUAGCUAUCGCUUAUGUGUUGAUUGGCAGUGGCCUCUACGACGAAGCAAUAAGGCACUUUUCGACGAUGCUGCAGGAGGAGCCUGAUCUGGUUAGUGCAAUUUAUGGCCGAGGGAUAGCCUAUGGAAAGAAGGGACUGCAUGACAUUAAGAACGCUGAGCUUGCUCUGUUCGAACUGAGCCGAGUAGUUACCUUGGAACCAGAUCGCCCAGAGGUACUUGAGCAGCGGGCAGAAAUCCUGUCACCUCUGGGACGAAUUAAUGAAGCAGUGAAUGAUCUCACGAAAGCUAUUCAGCUCCAGCCCUCGGCCCGGCUGUACAGGCACCGGGGCACUUUGUACUUCAUAUCCGAGGACUAUGCGACAGCCCACGAAGACUUUCAGCAGUCCCUAGAACUGAACAAAAACCAGCCCAUAGCUAUGCUGUACAAAGGCUUAACUUUCUUCCACAGAGGACUUUUGAAGGAAGCUAUUGAAUCCUUCAAAGAAGCUUUGAAGCAGAAAGUCGAUUUUAUUGAUGCGUAUAAAAGUCUGGGGCAGGCCUACAGAGAGCUGGGCAAUUUUGAAGCGGCCACCGAGAGCUUUCAGAAGGCACUGCUGCUCAAUCAGAACCACGUGCAGACCCUGCAGCUCCGGGGGAUGACGCUCUAUCACCACGGCAGCUUGCAGGAAGCGCUUAAGAACUUCAAGCGGUGUCUGCAGCUGGAGCCGUACAACGAAGUGUGCCAGUACAUGAAGGGACUCAGCCACGUGGCGAUGGGCCAGUUUUACGAAGGAAUAAAAGCACAGACAAAAGUGAUGCUAAACGAUCCCCUCCCAGGCCAGAAGGCGAGCCCGGAGUACCUUAAAGUGAAGUACCUUCGAGAGUAUUCUCGGUAUCUCCACGCGCACCUUGACACCCCCCUCACGGAAUAUAACGUUGACGUGGACCUGCCUGGAAGCUUUAAGGACCACUGGGCUAAAAAUCUGCCUUUCCUCAUAGGCGACUAUGAAGAGCAGCCUGGGUUGCAGCCCCACAUAAAAGAUGUGCUACAUCAGAAUUUUGAGAGUUAUAAGCCUGAAGUGCAGGAACUGAUCUGUGCGGCCGAUCGUCUGGGAUCCCUGAUGCAGUACGAGACGCCUGGUUUCCUGCCAAACAAGAGGAUACACAGAGCCAUGGGUCUGGCAGCUUUGGAAGUCAUGCAGGCCGUACAGCGUACGUGGACCAACUCGAAGGUCCGGAUGAACGGGAAGACACGGCUGAUGCAGUGGAGAGACAUGUUCGACGUCGCGGUGAAGUGGCGGAGGAUUGCUGACCCAGAUCAGCCUGUGCUGUGGUUAGACCAAAUGCCAGCACGAAGUCUCAGCAGAGGUUUUAACAACCACAUCAAUUUAAUCAGGGGUCAGGUGAUUAACAUGAGAUACCUGGAAUAUUUUGAGAAAAUACUUCAUUUUAUUAAAGACAGAAUCCUUGUUUAUCAUGGAGCUAAUAACCCUAAAGGCUUGUUGGAAGUUAGAGAGGCUCUGGAGAAGGUGCACAGAGUCGAGGACCUUCUUCCCGUUAUGAAGCAGUUUAAUACUAAAACGAAGGAUGGGUUCACCGUGAACACAAAAGUCCCCAGCCUCAAGGACCAGGGGAAGGAGUAUGAGGGAUUCACGGUCACCGUCACAGGAGACAAAGUUGGCAAUAUUCUGUUUUCAGUGGAAACUCAAACCACAGAAGAGAGGACGCAAUUAUAUCACGCUGAAAUAGAUGCACUUUACAAAGAUCUGACAGCAAAAGGAAAAGUAUUGAUUCUUUCGUCAGAAUUUGGGGAGGCUGAUGCUGUCUGCAACCUGAUCUUGUCCUUAGUUUAUUACUUUUAUAAUUUAAUGCCACUCUCUCGAGGAUCCAGCGUCAUCGCCUACUCAGUCAUCGUGGGGGCGCUGAUGGCCAGUGGGAAGGAAGUAGCUGGGAAGAUCCCCAAGGGGAAGUUAGUUGAUUUUGAAGCUAUGACAGCCCCCGGCUCAGAGGCUUUUAGCAAAAUAGCUAAAAGCUGGAUGAACUUGAAAAGUAUUUCACCUUCUUACAAGGCUCUUCCGUCAGUAUCAGAGACGUUCCCCACGCUAAGAUCCAUGAUCGAGGUGCUAAACACAGACUCCUCUCCACCAUGUCUUAAGAAACUCUAGUGACGCUGUGGGAUUUAUACAGGAAAGGGCCGGACCUCUUGCUACUUAAGUUAUUUUUUAAAACAUGGAAUUAUAAAGAAAUUAGGUCCUUUAUUACUUUUGAUACCAAUUUUUGAUAGGAAUUCAAUACUUGAAAUAAUUUUCUUUACUUUUCUGAACCAUAACAAAAAUCACGAAAGAGGGUCUUUGGGGAGAGGAAAACUGCGUGACCGGGAGGGCACGUGUGCGCGUCAGCCAGCGGCCCGGUGGUUUCCACUGCUAAAGUCACACGACUCCUUCCUUGCACAAAGAAGUUUACCUCCAAAACCAAAAAUUAAUAACUAAGAUGAGCAAGACCAAGAGCAAAAUCGGGGUGUUUUCUUUCCGUCAGAGAUUAGGGUAUUUUUCAAAGACUUUCUUCUCACGCACAUCGUGAUGGGGCAUCUCUUUCCGACGGCGUGAUCUCCGUGUCUCUGUCUCACGUGAACGUUGCGAGGUGGUGAGCCAAGGAUGUGUGUCACAGCCUGCACCAGGGGACCUGAUUCUGAGUGACGCAGACGGUAUUCGCCAAGGUCCCCAACACUGAGUUAUCGAACCAUGUCUUUUGUUGGAAAAAAAUAAACUGAGGUGAUUUCUGUAGAUCACCAGUUUUGGGCACUGGAUGAUGUAUGUUUUCAUCUUGUGAGCUAGUUUCACUUUCAGGUAUAAGAACAUUCAGAAAAUUACUUUUUCUUGUUGUUUUCCAGACAGGGUGAAUGACAGUGAGUGAAAUGGGUUAUUAAACUGCUGCCCUUUCCGAA